AUGGAAGAUGAACGUACUAGUAGACUAUCAACGCUUAUAUCUAGUUAUGAAGAAACAGUUUCUAAAUCAUCAGAUUUACGUCAACCAAUAUUCACUCCAUUCUGGUUUACUUAUUCAUCUAUUCUGAAUUCAAUUCGUCCUAGAACACCUACAGUUCGACAUAAUUUCAGAAAUGAUACUGGAUAUAAUUCACAAUUAUCUAGUUCAUUACAAAGUCAAGAGAACGAUGAUGAUGAUGAUGAUGAUGUUGACGAAGAUAAUAUUGAAAAUUUAAAACCAAUAAAAUCAUCAACACCAUUCAUUAAAAAUAAUAAUAAAACAAAGAAAAUUCGUACGGCAUUUACAGAUAAUCAAAAACAAUGUCUUGAUCGUUUUUAUUCAACAAAUCGUUAUCCAGAUCCAACAGAAAUGGAAACAUUAUCACAUCUAUUAUUACUUGAUGAAAAAGUUAUUCGUGUAUGGUUUCAAAAUAAACGAUCACGAGAAAAAAAUUAUCCACGAAACUAUUCACAUUCAACCACAAUUAAGAAUAGGUCGUAA